AACGCAAUAACCUUCUGCAUCUUUCUACAGUUUUGUGACCUUUAGACUUUGGAGAAACGUAUCUACAGCUUAAGGUAAAGACAUAACACAAGGAUAAGUCGGUGGAGAAAAUGGAGAAACUUAGCCUCGAUGGACGUGUUGCUAUUAUAACUGGUAGCAGUUCUGGUAUAGGGGAAGAAACUGCGUUAUUGUUCGCCAAGCGUGGUGCAAGAAUUACCCUCCAUGGACGGGACGAGAAAAAAUUAGCCGCCGUUGAACAGAAAAUCAACAACCCGGAGAAGACCCUGAUAGUGGCAGGGGACAUCACCGAGGCAGCGGUCAGACAAAAACUGGUGGACGCGACGGUUGAAAAGUUUGGACGUCUGGACAUCCUGGUCAACAAUGCGGGGUUCGGACAUUUCUCCUUCAUCAAGGACCUGACGGAGGAAGCCUUCGACCACUGCCUCAACGCCCUUCUUAAGGCGCCCGUGUUCCUGUGUCAGGCAGCUCUGCCUCACUUGAUCCAGUCAAAAGGGAACAUUGUGAACGUCAGCACCUGCCUUACGACGGAGCCGAAUCCAGGUAUGUUCGCAUACGCCGCGGCCAAGACUGGACUAGAAUAUUUCUCCAAGUCUGCUGCUGUGGAGUUCCAGCAGCUUGGUGUUCGUGUCAACACAGUGACACCAGGCGUAAUUGUGACUCCAAUCUUUGAUAAGUUGUUUCCAUCUGAAGAUAUUCGAAAACAGACGAUGAAUCAAUACGUCAACAAAACGCUGCUGGGCAGAAACGGACAGCCGCAAGAAGUGGCCGAGGCUAUCGCAUUCCUGGCGUCAGACGCGGCGAGUUUCAUGACGGCUUCUGACGUCAUUGUAGACGGUGGACGUCACGUUUUCUACCACAGCGGGGAGAAGGCCCAGAUGCCGAGUUAUGAUGACGUCAUGCUGAAAAAUGGAUAUUAACAAAUGGACGAUGACGUAAACAGAACAAAUAUCGUAUCAAAGGCGAAAAGCUAAUAAAAAAUACCGAGCAAAUUUUAGAAAUUUUCAAAUAUUGUAUCAAAGUUAAAUAAAAUAUCACGUUCAGUGG